AUACACCGCCAACAAGGACAUCUCACGGUCCAGGACACUCUUCUACCACGGCAGGCGGCAGUUUAUGCUGACCACUGAACGGUUCUAUUUCUACCGGAGAUACCGUAUCCGUGGCAUGCACAACAUAGUGUUCUAUGACCCCCCCACAAACCCGUUGUUCUAUCCUGAACUCAUCAACACGAUGGAGCCAGAAGUAGAUGCCAGUGUGACUGUGCUGUAUACCAAAUUCGACGGCAGUCGGUUGGAGCGGCUGGUUAACAAGACUAGAGCAACCACUCUUAUCACAUCGCCUAAAACAGAGUUCAUGUUCUACUAA